AAAUCGAAAACAUAAACAUAACCAAUAAAAAUUGUCAUCAAGUGGUAGUUUGGCUUGUUCAUUAGACCUUUAUAUUUUUAUUUAUUUGUCUACAACAAUAUAUUUCAUAUGUGUUAUAAUGGAUUCGCAAUUUCCUCCUGGCGAAAGUUUUUCAGCCAUCUCUAAACAAUCUGGAUUCAAUUUUUCUUUAUACAAAGGUCGAGUCGAUUGGAAAAAGUUGGGCGCAGUUGAUGUAGACCGUUUGAUUAGUGAGAAGGAUUUAGAGUUACUCAGCGAUUUACUACGGAAUGUGACAAACUUGAAUUUGGAAUCCGAUUUCGAUGUCAAAGUUCUUGAUCCCGACUUUGUGAAACUCUUUCGACUAGCUCAACUCUCUGUUGACUUUUUGCUUCACUGCAAAAGUUAUUUAGAGAAUUGUCUCUAUGAUUCUCAACAUAAAUUGAAUGUUGCUGUUAAGGAAGUGAAAUCCUUACGUCACAUAUGUGAGGAAACGAAAUACGAAUUGAAGAGAGCGAAGAAGCAUUUGAGAGAGCAUCAGGCUCAAUCAAAUCAUGCAUCACUCCUACAAACUUCUCAUAAAUGUCACCUGUGCGGUAAGGCGUUCAUCGAAGAGGCGUACCUACAAAGUCAUCUGCGCAGGCGUCAUCCAGACCACUUACCCCCCGAAAGCAACGAUUCCACUCAGACAGCCGCCAUGCUGCGUACCGAAAUCAAACAGUUGAAGGAGAGACUGAAUUUUGCCGAACUACAACUCAACAAGCGUUUUGAAGAAACGUCUCCUCGGCUGGCUAAUGAGGAGGUUGAAAAUGAAACUUCUAGUAUCAAGGAAGAUGUCAUGGCUCUUCGCAAUCUACUUCAGUCCGAGAUAAAAAAACUGAAGGAAAAUGGAAAGCAGGACAAAUCUGAUCAUUCCACCAAAACUCAAGACGUCCAAAGUAUUCCGGCAAAGAAUACUAAGGAAGUGUCUACCAACACUGAUACAUUUAAUGAGCAAGAAAAUCUGGCAAACCUCUUGGCCAGGUUUCUUUCAAACGCUCAACACAUUGGAAGUGGUGACAACGGGCUGCAAUCAAACAAUAUCAGAAAAACGAGAGAAAUUCCAGAUAAUUUUGAAAAUUCAAACUACAAUGAUGAGAAGUCAACGUUACAAUACAACAAUACAGAAGAGAGAAUACCAGAAUCAUCGAAAAGUCAUGUAGCAAGCGAAGAAGGAACAGUUGAGCCACAAAUCACCCAAUCAUCACAAAAUGAGAGAGAUGAAGAUAUGGAAUUGCAGGAAGUUGAGAGUACUAAAACUUCUAGUAAGAUUACGCCCGAUAGGAUAACCAUGGUGACACCAAAGAAUAGUAUCACAGAAGAUGUGGGAGAUGCUAUUUCCUCAAAACAUCAAAAUCCGACCGAAAAUGUGUCAGAUGUAGUAAAUAAUGCAGAUCUCAGGGAAAAACUAGAAGGGGUUCUGAGAAAUAGGAAAAGUACAGUCACUUUGCGGGCGACUAAAUCAAGGACUUUCUCAAUGAUUGAGUGUGAGGACGCCUCAGCUUCUGAGAGUGAUUUGAAAACUGCACCUGUUGCGAAAGAUUCUGGGAGUAGGGUAGAUAACGUUGUUCCACUUUUGGAGCCACCAAAACCCAAACCUCGUUCAAAACCUGGCAGCAAGUCACAGUCAAGUGAUGGUAGCACGUCUGAAGUCGAAAAAGUUGUGAAAGAUUUGGAGGUACAUAGCAUUUCAUCGGCAGAAGAUGGCAAAGACAGUGAGGUGGAAGCAAAAGUUGUCACUAGAAAGCAACCUCCACUACAAAAACGAGGACUUUUCUCGCAGAAAAGUGUUUGGCACAAUGAUGUCCUAGAAGAAAGUGAUAGAGAAGAACCAUUGCAGCAAGGAGAUGGCAGGAAGGCACCGGAUAUUGUUAUUUCACAGUUUUCUGAGGAAUUGAAAACUUCUAAUCCUCAAAGGACACCUUUGUUUGCCACUAGUGAGGUAACCGAGUUUGUUCAAGAAACAUCAUCUGACCUUGAUGAGUCUGUAAGGAAUUUUCCUAUCGAAAAAGUGCAUGUUAUCGACAAAAGUGCGCUUAGUAAAAACUCUGUUCUAUCUAGCUCUGUGGGCUCCAGUAGGAAUGAAGAUCAUUCUAGAGACCCGAUUGAAACGGCUAUGACGAGGAAAACAGAUGAGACAGACAAGAAAGAUGCUGGAAAUAUGUUUGGCACUCCACUCAACAAAAAACGAGAUAGCACUACAAUCACUGACAACGCUGAUAUUCCUCAAAUGAAGAAUGAUAAGAGCCAACAACAAUUUGUCACGGAGAAACAACGCCAAGAUGCCGAAGACUCGGCGCUUAUCUUAGCAGAUUGUGACUCGGUAGGCGCAAAUGUGUCUGUUGACUCUGUAGGCGCAAACGUACAGCUUCUCUUGGCCACAAAUCCGGAAAUUCUGCAAGCCCUGCGCUCGGAUCUGGAAAAUAUGCUCGGCAGGAGACUGCGAGACCUGGGUAUCGACCCUGAGUGGACCCAGCUUCCCGAUAAAACCUACAGGGAUAAGAAGGCUGCUCUGGAUCACCAUAAAAAUAUUGUCGCCAAAAGAUACAGCAACUACUUCAAACUGCAGAAACAGCUUGAAGAAAGUGUGGAGCACUACUUCUCGGAGAAGACUUCGUUGAGUAGUGGAUACCCUUUCGCAGCCACCUCGACUCCGCGAUCCGCGUCCGAUGGAAGCUCCCAACUGCGCAUGACUGUAUCCGACUCAGAGUCCGACUCUCAGUCCGAGGAGUCGGACGACUCGCAGGACGACCGGCGAGUCAACCCGCGUCAUUCGGCGCUCAAGUCGCAGACGUAUACGGCAGGGCCACGACAACGGAAACGUGUCGUUUUCCUGGACGAAAUGUCGUCGGGUCACAGCACGCCACGUGUUAUCGGCGUGCAUAGUGUCGUGGUCAAGUCGAGACCGGAAUCAGCCAAAAGACUGCAAUUCAAUUGAUUUGUGUCAUUGGUGUUCAUACUCCCGGUCGCACAAGAACCGGUUAAAUUUUAAUCGAGAUUAAUCUCACGAGAACCAAUCAGAGAAGGCUUUUUCGAAAAGGAGGAUUCUCUGGUUGGUUGUCAUGAAAUUUAUCACGAUUAAAAUUUAACCGGCACAUAGUAGUUACUAUAUUUAUUCAUAGCCUAGAAACGAUUUGAAAACGUUGGUGAACUAGAAAAGGAUAGAGCUUUAUAUAUUGUCCAACACUCUAACGAGAGACUUUCAUUUCAUUUCAAUCAUAUUCUUACUUUCUAACGUAAAUCUCACUUUAUAAGUAGUUUUCAUACAGUUUUGGGUAUUGACACUUUUGGUUUUCCAUGCAUUUUCAAACUUGAUUGGCAAAAUAUUAUUUUAUUGGCUAUUGUCUUUAAAUAGUUACCCAAGUUACUGUAUCUAAUAUUUGAGAUACAAGUGGAUAACCUACUAUCUAGAUAUCUAGGUGUAUUGACUAGCUUCGUUAACCAUAAACUGCUUAUGCAUCAAACAGUUGCUUGAUAUCAUAAUGCAAAUUCACUAUGAAACAUUUUUUUUUACAAGAUUCCUUUCAGUUGUGUAUAGAAUUCAAGGCGUAUAUAGUGUAGGUAUUUAGUGAAAACUGCAUUUUAAAAAUUGGUUCUUCAAUAUUUUUUUUCUCCCUCAUGUUGCAUCGCUUUUCUAUUAUUGUCUCUUACAUAAUAAUAAUAUCGAGUGAUCUGGCUGGCUCAGGUCUGGUGUCAGAGUUUUCAGGUCUUAACUGAUCAAUUUCAGGGCCUCUAAUAUAACCCAACGACUGCUUUUCAGGCUGCCGGGACCAACGACUUAACGUGUCCAUCCGAAUCACGGGUGUGGCCCGAGAUAAAUAUCUUGCCCGGGCCGGGAUUCGAACCCGGGCCUCUGAAUCUUAAAGCCAGCAUCUGAUCCACUCGGCUACGGCCACAAAUAAAUAUUAUAGUUAUUUAAUUAUAGCUUGAAGCGGAAGAAGAAUUAUUUAUUAAAGGUUGACUGAAAAACGGACAUUAUAAUAAUUAUUGUUGAGUGGCUAUUGAAAGAUUGUAUGUGUACAAUAAAAUGAUAUUUUAUUAAA